AUGUCUUCUCGUUUUUUUUGCCCGACCCGAUCAGAUUUUUUUUCGACGUCGGGCGACGGGUCGCCGACUUUUUGUCGGAGCACCGAAGUCGCUCAACUUUUCGUCGAAACGCCGGUUUUCGACGUGUUUUCGGCGUUUCGACGUCCGAUCGGACGGAACGUGUCGGCACCGUCGACAGCGUCCGGGGAGGGGAUACGGCCGUUGCCGAAGGCGCCCGAUGCCCGGCUCUGGUUUUUGACGUACUCGCCGAGUCUACGUCGUGCGCGUGCGCGUCAAAAAAAAUCACGGGUUUCAGAAAAUGUCUUCUCGUUUUAUUUCCCGACCCGAUCGGAUUUUUUUUCGACGUCGGGCGACGCGUCGCCGACUUUUUGUCGAAACAUCGGGGACAAGUCGCCGACUUAUCGUCGAAACGCCGGUUUUCGACGUAUUUCCGACGUUUCAGCAUCCGAAGCCGAUCUCUGCCCGUUACGAGCGCUCGGAGACCGAGAACGUGUCGCGAAGUUCCAAACACUUAGAAAAUAUUCGGGUGUUUUUUUUUCGAGGUUCGGUCAACGGUCAAAAAAAAUUUUCGAGCGUUUCGGAAACACUUGGAAAAAAUACGACCCGGAGACCGACGUACGGUCUCCCGGGACUCUGAACGCGUCGCGCCGUUCCAAACACUUUUAA